AUGUUGGCGUACAGGACGAAUGUGUGCCGGCCCAAGAACCUCCGCCCGGGUGUGGCCUGUGUCAUCGACUUGCAGUGCCGCUCGGGCUCGUGUGUCGGCGGCACGUGUGCCGGCUCUGCGCUUGGCACUGUUUGCAAUGCCAUCGAGGACUGUGCCGAGCCCAACUUUUGCGUCACGAACGCAGGGACCGGCGUCAAGGAGUGCACCGCCGCUCUGGUGGCCGACGGAGCAGCGUGCACCACAAACUCGGACUGCGAGUCGGGCGUGUGUGACAAGUCAGGCUCGGUCUGCAUUCCCGAGUUCUCCAAGGCCGGUGGGGCCAAUUGCACUAGCAACGAUGAGUGCUCGUCGCACAAGUGUGGGAGCAACGGCGUGUACAGCGUCUGCCUGCAGUCCUACCUCGAGCGCGGAGAGGGCGAGGAAUGCCCGGAUGGCGACCUCAACUGCAAGACCGGACAUGUUUGCGUCGGAUCCGACACCAUCGGCACCACCCGUGUCUGCCGCAACGUCGUCAACAAGCUCUGCGCGUCGUCUUCCGUCUGCGGUAAUGGCGUUUGCACCUGCGCCGGCUCGGAGAACAAGUGCUUUGCCCGGCGUUUUUCGCCCAUUGCGUGUGACACCCAUCUGGUCAAGGCCCAGCGGCUCGGCUCGAACAUUCCCACGUCUUCGUCGACCACGUUCCCGACCGCCGGCUUUGCCCUCCCAUGGGAUGCGUACACCGCUGCCGGCGGCAACGCCGCCGCCUUUGCCCAGGCCAUGGCCGACCUCUACUGCUGCUACUACAACGCCGGCGAGUCUGGUCUCGUCAACAUCGAACAGACUCUUGCAGCCUACAAGCUCGAGUGCAAGAGCUCCGGCAAUGUCUUUGCCGCCAUCUCCGAGUCGUCGGCUGAACCGCGCCGCUGCACCCCGGUCGACCGCUAUAAGGAAAACGAGGUCGGCUCGGGCGUUCGUGGCACCCCGGUCUCCUCCAUCAUCCGCUCCGCUGCCGCCACCGUCGCGCCCAAGGCCGUCGCCACCGCUGCCGCCGUCGUUGUUGCCGUCGUCCUCGCUCUCCUCGCGUAG